UAUUCGAGUUACAAGAUGGCGGCCCCAAGCGCUCUCUUCACCGUUCAGUAGCAGCUUCAGGCUGGGCGGAUGUCUCUUUUUCUCGGUGUCGGACUCAGAGACACACAGCUCCCGAGUCCUGCUGAUCACGAAGCUCUUGAAGGCGUUCAACGCACGGGAAUCUCCUAGCCCUGCUCGCCGCGGCGCCGGAACUCAGCGUGAUCUGCGGCGGCCUUCUAGGUAGGUUCACAAAAAUGGCGAAGAGAGUUGCGGAAAAGGAAUUAACAGAUAGGAAUUGGGAUGAAGAAGACGAAGUUGAAGAGAUGGGAACAUUCUCUGUGGCCAGUGAGGAAGUCAUGAAGAACAGAGCUGUCAAGAAGGCGAAGCGGAGAAACGCUGGGUUUGAAUCUGAUAGCGGAGGAGCCUUUAAAGGUUUCAAAGGUUUGGUUGUGCCUUCUGGAGGAGGAGGAGGGUUUUCUGGAUUUGGUGGUGGCUCUGGAGGGAAGCCUCUGGAAGGACUGACAAAUGGAAACAGCACAGACAGUGCCACGCCCUUCUCUGGUGCAAAGACAGCAGCAGAGCCCAAGGCAGCCUUUGGUUCUUUUGCUGUGAAUGGCCCUACUGCCUUGGUGGAUAAAAAGAUUUCGAAUCCCAAAUGCAGCAGCACCAGCAGCAGCACCAGCAGCAAUCAACCGCCCUCCUCCGGCCCUGCUUCCAGUCCAGCCUGCCCUGGGAACACCUACCACAAGCAGCUGGCCGGCCUGAACUGCUCUGUCCGGGACUGGAUCGUCAGGCACGUGAACACAAAUCCGCUCUGUGACCUGACGCCCAUCUUUAAAGACUAUGAGAGAUACUUGGCAACGAUCGAGAAGCAGCUUGAAAAUGGAGGUGGCAGCAGUUCUGAGAGCCAGACAGACAGGGCGACGGUUGGGAUGGAGCCUUCUUCCCUUUUUGGUUCAACAAAACUACAGCAAGAUUCACCAUUUUCAUUCCAUGGCAACAAAGCGGAGGACACAUCUGAAAAGGUGGAGUUUAUAGCAGACAAGAAAUCGGACGCAGCACAAGGAGCAACAAGUGCCUCGUUUAAUUUCGGCAAGAAAGUUGAGAGCUCAGUUCUGGGCUCCUUAAGCUCCGGCUCGCUAACUGGGUUUUCGUUCUCUCCUGGAAAUUCUGGUUUGUUUGGUAAAGACGCUGCCCAGAACAAAGCCUCCUCACCAUUUCCUGCUAAAGUGUCAGAGGGCCAGGCAGGAGGCAGCAAUGAGUGCAGAGAUGGUGAAGAAGAGGAGAAUGACGAACCACCCAAGGUGGUGGUGACUGAAGUGAAGGAAGAGGAUGCUUUUUACUCCAAAAAAUGUAAACUAUUUUACAAGAAAGACAAUGAAUUUAAAGAGAAGGGUGUGGGGACCCUGCAUUUAAAACCCACAGCAACUCAGAAGACCCAGCUCUUGGUGCGAGCAGACACCAACCUAGGCAAUAUACUGCUGAAUGUUCUGAUUCCACCCAAUAUGCCGUGCACCCGAACAGGGAAAAACAAUGUCCUUAUCGUCUGUGUCCCCAACCCCCCACUCGAUGAGAAGCAGCCCACUGUCCCGGUCACCAUGCUGAUUCGGGUGAAGACGAGUGAGGAUGCGGACGAAUUGCACAAGAUUUUACUGCAGAAAAAGGAUGCCUGAGCACUGCGGCCGACCAAGGCAUGUUGCCACGUUGCUGCUUCCCCUCUGCCCCUAACUUAGUCACAUUCUUUCCUCUUCUACUGUGACAUUCUGAGAACUUCUAGGUAACUUGAACUUUUGUGAGGAAGAUUAAGGCCAAUAAAUCCUUUCAGUGUGUCGAAGCUCUUCUCCCUUCCUAAGAACUAAGCAAAAUACAUUGGAGUGAAAUGUUUGGGAAGAUUUUUUUAAAUGUUGAUUCAUUGAGUAAACUGACCUAAGUGAUUCUUAAUGGACUAUAAUCAGGGUACCAGUUAGCUCUCCAAAGGCUCCCUCAGGCAGCCAUGUGUGCCACUCUGCCUGCCCCGGGAGACCCCAGCAGUGUCCACAGUGUUGCAGAAGACACCUGCCUGCUCCCCUCCUGUGGGCUUAUCUGAUCCGUGACUUGCACUCCUGCCAAAUAGUGCACCACCACACUGUGACCGCUUGCCCUGUUUCCUUCUGAGCUGAACUGUGGGUACUGGGAUCUCAGUUGUCAUCAGCCUGUCUUGGCAGGUGCUGGCCUUUGACCUGGAGCUGCUUGACUGAACUAGGAACUGCCUUUCCAUGGGAAAGGACACAAGUAGUGGCUCGUGGGGAGCUGGUGGUGGGUAGGCUGGGUUUGUAGUUUAUUCAUGAGGUGCUCUUACUUGCUUACCUCCCGAGUUAACAUGGAUGGACGGACGGGGGCUGUCAGGAAUAAUGGAUUUUAUUAAAAGCACAAAUUUGGUAGCGCUUUUAUAUUAUUUCUAUACCACAAACAAGCCUUUAUUUUAAAAGAAAGUAAAAUUGUGCUGAAAAGGGUUGUGUGCUCAUGGCCAUUUGUGUCCUGGUGAGCCCUGGUGGGCACAGUCUGAAUGGAGUCCUCUCAGGAGCCAUGCGCUCCUGAGAAGGAAGCUGGAGUGUGGGUGUGGAAGACAGCUCCUUCGGCCUGGAGCUUCAGACAGCAGCAUGUUGUUUAGCAUCUGACAAGCCCAUUUUUAUUUUUACUUUUUAAGGAUGAGGUAUUAUUGUGUCCAUUUGGAAGCGAGCCAUGGCUCUACACACUGUUCGUGUCACUUCAGAGCAGUGAGGUCACUGAUACCAGCAUUCUCUGAAGACCAGACAUGAGUUAAAUGUGAGCUUGAUGACAGGUGGUUAUGGGUCAUGCCUAAUCCCAGUGCCAGAAAAGCUGAGGCAGGAGAUCAUGUGAGUUCACAACAGCCUGAGCUACCUACUUAGUAAGACCCCCAAUAAAGUAAAAUAGAACGUCUGACUGUCUAAAGUCCCACUUUCAUUUCUCAUAAAGCCGUUUGACACUAGGACCGGAUCUUGUGUGAAGGCUCAGGGUCAGUACCCAGGGGCACACUUGUGUGCUCAGAUAGUGUACGUAUGCUCCAGCCUGGGCAAACAGUUACAAAAACUGAAUGGCACAGUUGCUUUCUUACAGCCACAAUACCAGGUGGGUGAAGCCUGGGUAACUUAUUUUCACGGGGGUCUUACUCUAUGUAGCCUGGCUAGCCUUGAACUCAGAUCCACCUACCUCUGCCUCCUGAGCCCAGAACUGCUCUUGAGGUGGGGUGAUAGUGCUCUGUGCUGAGCGUUUUGGUGUGUAUCUGCAGAUGCACGUUUGUGCUUUCUGGGCUGUGGACUAAGGCGGUGCUUCCGUCUGUUUGCCUUUUAGCAUGGAGAACCGGUUCCUAGCAAGCAAGUUGCUGCUUCUCUUCCCCUGGCCUGGCCCGUUCACACUGGGCUUGUCCAGCUUCCCAAAGAUGAGAUGAGGGGUACGCAUUCAGAACAGUACUGUGUAGCCACACGCCUGUGGGCUGGCAAGGGUCAGCCUCCUGGGCACUUUCAGGAACUUGUCUCUUCGUGGUGGCAGUGCUCUGUGAGCGUCUGCCCAUGCCUUGAAUAUUUACCAAAAGAAUAAAGCAAAAAAGGUUGUGACUGGAUUGCCUUCUAAAGCUCCCCAGCUGAUUUUAAUUGUAAAUUAGUGAGUGUGGCUUUCUUUUUUCUAACAUUCCCAGCAAAGUUUGCUGCUAAAGACUAUAACUUUUGGAAACGAGAAUUACAGGGGAGAGAUGUGGUGUGACUGUAACUCAGUGUCUGUGCUUUAGGAGAUGGCUCAGUGCAUCUGAGUAUGAGUCAACUAUGAAGUCUGUGUCACAGGGAGGCCCCUGGUGGGCACUCUGUUCUUCCUCCACUGUGUUUGUAGCUGGUUCCAACCCAUGGCUUAAACUUCAUUUAUGUUUUAACAUGUUAGAAACUUGCCUGUUGUGUGUUUAGUGUGACCUGAGGUGUGUAUCUCCAGUUGAAAAUCUAAAGUUGUGUCUUACAUUUGCCUGAAGGAAGUGUGUGUUCACUGUGGUCAGGGUGCAGCUAGCAGGUGCUAAGCCUGGGCCUUCCCACACUGUGUCUCACACUUCCCCACAUUUCCAGCCUGGCCCUGUCCUCAGAGAGCCACCGCACGGGCUGUGGCUUGUGUUGGUGACAGGUUCAACUGUUGGUAGACUGAUGCCCUGUUUUACCAUUUCAGUUCUAAAUCCUAUUUUUUACUGUGUGCCAAAAAAAUUAAUAAUAAUAAUAAUAAUACCUCCUAUGGCAUAGAGGAGAAAUUCCACCUUGCUGUCAGGGAAAGCCCUUUUCCCUACCUUUUGAACAUUAAGAAGUCUGUCCUUACCAGUCUGUUCAUUGUGUUACUAUUUCUGAAGAUGAGAAACAGCCCCUGGAGGCUGCAGAGUGCCCACUCAGACCACUGGAGUGGGAUUAUAAGGAAAUGACCUGUUUUGUCACUUGUAGGUGAGGUUGGGAGUUCUUCAGGGCAUCUUUCUAGCGCCAUGCUCUGUACACGGCCACCGAGUGCUCUCCAGAAGCAAUCACAAGACUGAGGACUGUCCUUUAACACAGAUUUGUAAAGAGGAUAUAAGACUUCUUAGCAAUCACAUGGAAUAAUCUGCUUUCUACUUUGACCAGAACUUGUUUUCUAAAGCUAAAAUACUUGAAUUGUCAGGCAGUAUACUCAGUGUGUGUUAGCUUUUGAAUGGGCCUUUAAGGAAGUGUAACAAUCCAUGAAAUGUGAAUAAAUGGAAAGUUUAAAAACCA